AUAUAUUGAAUAUAUAAAAAAAAUAUAAGAAGCUUGGUCAUGGCAGCAAACGGGAGAAGGAAGAGCGUGAGCGGAAGCGUGGUAAAGCCUCCACCGCCAUCGAAGCUAGCGCAGGCAUCACUACAUAGGACCCUAUCAGACAUAUCAUUGGAUUUCCACAGAGAAGAGAAAGGACUGGGGACGAUAACAGAGGUGGAGAAGGCAAAGUGCGAGUGCUGCGGGAUGAGGGAGGAGUGCACCAUGGAGUACAUAGAGAAGGUGAGGGAGAAGUUCUUGGGAAAGUGGAUUUGCGGUCUCUGCUCAGAGGCGGUGAAGGAGGAGAGAGAGAAGAAGGAGGAGAAUGGGCUAGAAGGAGCCUUGAAGGAGCAUAUGAGCGCUUGCCUAAGGUUCAACAAGCUUGGAAGAAAGUAUCCUGCUCUCUUCCAAGCGGAGGCCAUGAGAGAUAUGCUCAGGAAAAGUACGAGGAGAAGUCAGUCUAUCAGCCCUAAACCCAUGUCUACUAUUCACAAUAAGCCUGCCAUUUCCCGUACUUCAAGCUGUAUGCCUGCCAUCACCAGAGACCUUAAUUAAUAAUUUCACUCUCUCUUUUAAUAUAUAUAUAUA